AUGGCCGACUACAACAUCACCGCCGCCCAAGAAGUGGGCUCCACCGACAAGAAGGCCGAGAAGACCAUCAGCGCCAGUGAGAGCCAACAGGGCUCCGGCUCUGGCAUGUUUGGCCAAACAGAGGUCGGCGAGGUGACGGACUGGAACGACCUGGAGAAGCGCAAGGCCGCAGAGGGCCACGCAAAAUUCAACCGACUGGGCUGGAAGCGCCUGACAGUCGUCCUUAUCGUCGAGGCUAUUGCUCUUGGUUCCCUGUCUAUCCCUGCGGCUUUCGCGAGCCUGGGCAUGGUCGCCGGUGUCAUCCUCUGCGUCGGUCUCGGUUUCGUCGCCAUCUACACCUCUUACGUCGUCGGCCAGGUCAAACUCGCGUUCCCGCACGUCACGCACUACGCCGACGCCGGACAGCUGCUCAUGGGAAAAUUCGGCUACGAGCUUGUCGGUGUCAUGUUCGCGCUGCAGCUUAUCUUCCUGGUCGGCUCGCACAGUCUGACGGGAGCCAUCGCAUUUGGAAACAUCACAGACAACGGCGCUUGCUCCCUCGUGUUCGGCGUUGUGUCUGCCAUCAUCCUGUUUCUGCUGGCCCUUCCGCCCUCGUUUGCCGAGGUCGCGAUCCUGGGAUACAUUGACUUUGUGUCGAUCAUCCUCGCCAUCGGAAUCACGAUCAUCGGAACCGGCGUCCAGCAGAGCCAGGGCCUGAUUCCCGCAUCUGACUGGUCGGCGUGGCCCAAGGAGGGCCUGACCUUCGUCGAAGCCUUCAUCGCCCUCGGCAACAUCGUCUUUGCCUACUCGUUCGCCGUCUGCCAGUUCUCCUUCAUGGACGAGAUGCACACGCCCAAGGACUUCGUCAAGUCCAUCUGGUGGCUGGGCAUGAUCGAGAUCGUCAUCUACACCGUCACGGGCGCCCUGAUCUACGUCUUCGUGGGCCAGUCCGUCGAGUCCCCCGCGCUCCUCUCGGCCGGCGACAUGCUCUCCAAGAUCGCAUUCGGCAUCGCGCUCCCCGUCAUCUUCAUCUCGGGCUCCAUCAACGGCACGACGGUGGGACGGUACAUCCACGCGCGCGUGUACAAGGACUCGGUCAUCCGGUUCAUCAACACCAAGAUGGGCUGGAUCACGUGGGCCGUCCUCAUCGCCAUCAUCACCCUGAUCGCGUGGAUCAUCGCCGAGGCCAUCCCUUUCUUCAGCGACCUGCUGUCCAUCUGCUCGUGCCUGUUCAUCAGCGGCUUCACCUUCUACUUCCCCGCGUGGAUGUGGUUCAAGCUCAUCAGGAAGGGCAGCUGGCACUCCAAGGAGAACCUGCCCCUCGCCAUCACCAACGGCAUCAUCUUCCUCAUCGGUAUGGUUAUUCUGGUUGCUGGUACCUACGCCAGUGUUCAGGAUAUCAUCAACCAAUACCACGAGGGAGCUGUGCGAGGCGCGUUCACAUGUAGCCCGCUGGCUUAG